AUGCAAAAGGAGCAAGAUUCUCAGCACGGCUCUUCGUCUUGGAAUUUGAGCGUAGCUGUGUUUCCUAAUAAUGACAAGGCAAACAAUAUUGCAAACAAGCAAGAAGAGCUCUUCACAGUUAGUUUGGCUCCUUCRGAAGCCUUGAGUGGCAGCGAGACUGCAAGCCACAGCUCACAAGAACAGGAAAGUGAAAGUACAAACGAUGAAAGUGGCAMUKCRAAGAACAAGCACCUUGUAAACCGAGGAAAACCGCCGUUCUCKUACGUGGCUUUGAUUUGCAUGGCAAUUGCAAGCUCCGUGGAGAAGAAGCUCACUUURUCUGAUAUUUAUAACUUCAUCAUGCAACGCUUYCCCUUCUACAAGACCUGCCGUGCAAACUGGAAGAACUCAAUAMGACACAACCUAACUCUYAACGACUGUUUUGUCAAGCUACCAAGAGAUCCUCGAGCAGCUGGGAAGGGCAAUUAUUGGACUAUUGAUCCGAGUAGCGUCGAUAUGUUUGACAAUGGAAGCUUUUUGAGACGAAGACGACGMUUCACAAGAGAUGAAAUGGCGCAACAUCAAGUGAAUAGAAAUCCUGCUCUUCUUUUGAAGGAAGUUGGUUUAGAGCCAAAACACAAAUCCUCUUUACCAAGCGCCAGCUGCGAGGGUCAACCCUCGGGACGACCCGCAGGACAGACGUCGAAGAUUGUGCAGAUUUCAACCUCUCGUGACCAGCUCCGUGGAUCGAUGAUAGUUCGCGGAGCUCCGACACAUUUGCAAAGGUUUGUGUCUCCUGUGCCUUCACAUGGUUUACGYCUGCCCACACCACCCCCGACAGGUCAGGUUCGUCAAAUGUCAUCUACAGAGAACGGUUGCAUCAACGGAAAUCAAUUGACACCAAACUCACUUGUUGCAUCAAUGGAAAAGAGCCCUACACCACCCUUGCCAGUCAAUUCUAUCCGCAACGAUUCUGCAUCUCAAGGAAAUCCUGAAGUGGUUUACAUGGGACAGCUGGAAUACGACCGGAGAUUCAGCUUGUGUACGCCCGUAUGGACCAAUACGAUACCGCUUGUGUCUCCCCGGCCAUCGUACCCCACUCCGAUAACUGUGCAAGGUCAUUUUGCCCAGUCAUGUAUCUAUGGYAACAACAUGAGUCGUCCCGCAGAGAACCCGAACUGGAGYUCCCACGUAAGUCCUUAUGGCUCUUUACCAAGCUUCUCGAGCUUCUCGGCCAGACAACCGGUCCCCUAUGUGCGUUUUAAUCACGAGGCAGUGCCGAGUGUUGUCCCACAGAAUGUCCUCUGUACUGCGGGUCGUGUCCCGUACCCUGUUGCGAGUGGAGCAAGAGUAGGUCCUCACCUGACUUCGAGUAUUGGUCCAUGUAAUGCCUCGAAUGGUUCAACUGUCAACCCGCGAAACAUUCCACCAGUGACAUCAUCAACAAGCUCGCAAGGAACCAUGGAUAAAGUUUUGAGACGUGGCUAA